AUGCUACGUACAAUUCUCAAGCUUGCCUACAGCAAACAAAAAUUGCUUGUCCGGAACUAUGCUCGCCGUGCUCGCAAUCCCGGAGUAGAUCGUCGGAUGGCACUGCUGAACCGGGACCAGUUGCAGACAAACCUGAACGAAUUGGAACAACUGGAGGAGGCCGAUUUCAGUCAGGUCCACAAAUCACACAAACAAUACGAGCAAGAAGCGCAACGCUACCGAGAACGCUUGCAGAGUUGGAUCGUAGGAAAUAAAUACUUCAAAACUAAGCAGCUUAACUUUCUGACUUGGUCGGAGAAGGAGCAGAUUCGUUACCUGCACAAUUUCGAUCCGGAAGAGUGGAGCAUUGAUAAGUUGGUGGAAAGUUUUCCUGCGGAUCGUUAUACUGUUGUGAAGAUUAUCAAAGCUAAGUGGAUUCCAAGAGAUACCACUCGAGUCCAAAGGCAUGACGAAGCGGUUAGAGAAAACUGGGAACUUUUCAAAUCGGGUCGGAUUAAGAACAUCGACGAUGGAUUCGCAGAACAUUUGAACAAGUUUGUCCAUCGCAACUUCCAGGAAGUUCAGAAGCCAAAGGUGGAACAUAAGCGGCUUUACGACAUUCGACAACAGGGUCAGGAAGGGGGAGAAUUUUCGCAAAUCAUAACCAGCUGUAAAAAGUACGCUAAUGAACAAAAUCAGGUUGAUGUCAAGAGGAUCGGCGAGGAGGAUCAAAUAGCGCAACACGACAUACCGGAGAUUCCUAUCAAGGCGCCGAACCAGGACAUGUUCGUGAUGAAAGACAUAUCCGAUAGGCAGCCGAAAACACUUCAGCAGGUUAAAAGAGAACUGGGCAUGCCUCCAACGUCGCUUGAUAACUCCGAUGAUUCCGAUGCAUCUUCCCUUACCUCGAGCCGUGAUUGCCUGAUUAAUGUGAAGAAAUAUGAAUCGGAACUGGUAUCGUUCGAUCCGAGCAACACGUCCGUACAGAAAAAAUCUGACCUCAGAGAGAACAUCCAUAUUCCUCGUAAGCUGUAUAAGAAAGGCGCCACCUAUCAGCUGGAUGAUUGCUUCUACGAUGACGACGGUGAGUUCCUAUAUAGAGUGCCUGGCAUGACGGGCCGGUCCGGUCAGUGA